AUGAUGCCUAAUGUCCCCCCGCAGAGGAGCAACAUGGCGUUUGUGGAUGGCACCGCAGACGCCGUUGAGGUGGGCGUCAAUGUGCCUGUGGGCACCGCAGUUCCCUCCUCACUCAUUGGCAAGUUGCAGUAUUACUACACAUACGCAGUGAAUGGAGGACGACGGCAACUGGCGAUGGUGCGUCCGUGGAAGGAGUUUUUUGAUCGGGAGUGUUUUUUGCCUCCGUCAGGCCUCAGCGAGUCUCUCAGCCGCCUCAACCGCAAUAUCAAUCACUACUAUCAUAACUACAUGAUCAUGGCAAUGUUGUGCUCGUCGUAUGUGCUGCUUCUGAACCCAGCGUUCUCUCUGUGCGUUGCUCUUACCUUGGCCAUGUGGUGGUUUGUGGGUACAAAGCGGGUGGAGGCACUGGAGACGAACAGCAACCACUUCAUUGUAUUAAACCGCAAGAUAACAUUCUCACAGGCAUAUCUGUUUAUUGCAAUCUUUGCUGGUAUUUCCUUUUUUAUCACAAACGGUAGUUCAGUGGUGUUUUGGUUGGUUCUGUCUUCUGUAGGUGUUGUUGUGGUACAUGCAGUCUUGCGCAAACCACAGAUAGAGGAGCAACCCUUCUCCUUUGUUUAA